GCAGGUCCAGUUGUCGCAACGUACCAUCCAUUAUUUGUUUUUAAACCGUGCUUUCGUUCGUAUUCAGCUCAUGAGGUGUGUUGUAUGCAUGAGUGUAUAAGGAGAAGGUUAUGUUGUGGUCGUAUGUCGGGGCUCCAUGACGCUGCUGCUCCGCUGAUUGACCGCUGAGUGAAGUGUUGAGGUGCCGUGCGCUCUCUGCCGUGCUGCUGCUGCCGCUGCUGCUGCAGGGGGAGCGUCCGUCCACAGCCUGCAGUGCUGCGAUGUGCGGCCGCCUCAUUUGUCUCUUGGCUGCUCCAUUUUUCCACAUCUAAUCCCAUUUGGAGGACCACAGAGGAACACAUUCAUUAAGAGGGGCGACCUCCGUGCAGGCGGGAGGUGAAACAGCCUACACGGUGCGUCUUUGAGAUGGGGAAGGCACUCACUCAUUUCUGUGACUAUCUACAUGGUUUUUGGAGAUGCAGGUGCCUAUAGAGGAUGCCCUUACACUGACUGGAUAGAGGCAGUUGGUGGAGACUACUGAAACCUCCUAACAACUUCAGCUCUUUAUGGCAAGUGUGGACAGGAGUCCUUCAACAUACAUUUGUCUGCGUCAGGUUUCAGGAUGCGCUCCCUGAGAAAGACAGUGUUGCUUGCCAUCCUGGUGUCUGUGGUGCUGGUGCUGGCCCUCCUCCAUUCAUGGCCCACUCGGGCUUACACCACGGUGGAUGUGUGGCAGCGACCAGGGGCAGUUCUAGAGAGACAUCUGGAGGACAGGCUCCCAGAACCAGACCACAGAUUAGGCAACAUCCCCUUUCACGUGAGAGACAGUGUGGCGAGCUUGUUGGCACGUAACGGAUGUGUGUGUGAGGGUGAGAGUGGAGGAGUAAACCUGCCCUUCGCCCAACUCUUGUUUCCGCGGGUGUCAGCUCACCCGCUGCACACUGCCUUUGAGGCCUCUGAGCUGGAGGAAAUGAAGAGGAGACGGGCCAAAGAGUACAAGAGUUUCCAGGAGAGGUCACAGACACCUGCAGAUGUUCUCAUUGUUGCAGAGGCUAACAAUCCCUUACAGUACCCAACACAGGGGGUGGAGGUACGACCCCUGAAAACAGUCAUCAUCCCAGGCUUGGCCUUACACGACCUUCCCAGAGACUACUACUCAAUAAACAUCUCUGCCACGCUGGGAACGCUGAAUGUGGCAGCGGAGAUAGAUGGGGUGAAAAUCAAAGGUGAUGGCGAGAUGCACAUGACUCUGUCCGGCAGCCUCCUGCCGAACCUGAACCGACAGCUGCAGUUUGUCACUUACACAAACACACUGUUCCACCCGAGCACAGCAGACACAGUGCAGUUUGAGACAGAGGGACAUCAAGCCAGCUUCAGCAUCAAGAUUCGACAUGGUGUGACACCCAAACUGUACAACACAGGAUCCAAGGGAGAAUACAACGUCAGUGCCCUUGUUACCAUAGCAACAAAGACUUUCCUGCGUUAUGAUAAGCUCCAAGAUCUUAUCGACAGCGUGAGAAAAUACUACCCCACUGUCACCAUAGUAAUUGCCGACGACAGCGAAAACCCCAAAACAAUUUCCGGGCCUUACAUCGAACAUUACAUCAUGCCUUUUGGAAAGGGUUGGUUUGCUGGACGAAACCUGGCCGUCUCGCAGGUGACCACAAAGUAUGUUCUAUGGGUGGAUGAUGACUUCGUCUUCACAGCCAACACCAAGCUGGAGAAACUGGUGGAUGUUUUAGAGAGAACCACUCUGGAUCUGGUGGGUGGUGCAGUGCGGGAGGCCACAGGUUACACUGCCACCUACAGACAGACCAUCUCCAUUGAGUCAGGGGAGGAGGAUGGUGACUGUUUACACAUGAGGAGAGGAUUUCAUCACAUCAUCCAAGGUUUCCCCAACUGUGUUGUGACUGACGGGGUCAUCAACUUCUUCCUUGCUCGCACCGACAAAGUCCAGCAGGUCGGCUUUGACCCGCGCCUCACCAGAGUAGCUCACUUGGAGUUUUUCAUCGACGGCCUGGGAUCUCUCCACGUGGGCUCUUGUGAUGAUGUCAUCGUCAACCACGCGACCAAAAUCAAACUCCCCUGGGUCAGCCAAUCAGAGAGCGACAAGGCUUAUGCCAAGUUUCGUUACCCACCGGCCUCCUCUGAAGCCACCCACACGAAAAAUGGCCUCCUGUUCUUCAAGAACCGAUUUCAGUGUUUGACUCAUAAUUAGCUCCUCUCCUCCUUAUCCCGAGGGUUCCGCUGCUCCUCCUGAGUUGCCAAAGAAGUUCUCUUCCUCCGCCUCUCAGAUCAGAUUUCCGACUUUGGUUUGCCUUUUCUUGAAAACUUUCACGAGAGGAUUCAAGCUUCAGUGUAGAGAAAAUGCGCCAUUAGAGCAGUUUUAGCAUGUUUAUUCUGUCAGUGCUAAAAAAAAGUCUUCAGUGAAUAUGAAGAAGGUCUAGGCUCUCCAGAGAGAAGAGAAUCAGCUGUAGUAACAAACAUCUUGUUUACACAGACCCACUUCAAUCCCAGCAUCAUUUUGAUUAAUUCAAGGAUUCAAAUCGUAUGUGGCGACACACCCUCGACUUGUCAUAACACAGAGACCAAGCUUUUAAAACCCAACAGGUAGCAUCUUUACAGUCUGAGUCAUUCAAGGUUAAUAUGAACAGAGGUACAUGUGUCCUCCUACAAUUUGCACUAUCCAAACAAUAGCCUGGAAAAGCAAUAGCAGUGUCUGAGGGCCUGAGGACAAGGGGACACUUCUCGGAAAGUGACAAUCCUGCAGACACAGAGCACACUGUAGGUAUCCUUCUCACCAAUGCCACAUGAAGAACGCAUUCAGAACUUUUCCACCUGCGGUACCUGCACUCUGCGACUGACUCAUUGUGCCAAAGGUUUGGCUGCUGGCUUUUGGGUGUUUUUAUCUCUGUGUGUUCGGUUUUGCCAUCCAUACCCCCCCACCUUUAACCAAGAAUCCUACGUGUCAUCUGUGAGCAAUUAAUCACGUCUGAGGAGGAGAAACUUUCGGUCCCAUCACAAACAGAUCUGGCGUUACCUGAUCUGGGAGCAGCCUUGUUUGUUUUUGUCCUCUGCUGUCUGUCACUCUCAACAAACAUCUAAACAAGAAGAGGAGGAGCGUUUCUGUUCAGUGCACGCUGAUGAAUGACAAUGACAGUGAUUGCAUCUUUUCGUGCUGCCUAAAAGAAAAAGUUGAAUGAACCAAAGUGCAUGUUUAUUUUUCCUCAUCGUAAGAAAAGAGAGAAAAAAAACUAGCACAUUGAGACAGAAUUAAUGAGAAUUCGAUGUUAAAUUAAAGGAACAGUGUGUAAGAUUUAGGGGGAUUUAGUGGCAUCUAGUGGUGAAGACUGGAGGUUGCAACCAGCUAAAACUUCUCCUGGUUAGAAUUCCUUCAGUGUUUAUUGUUCUGGAUGAACAACAAUUUUAUUUUCAAGUGAUUAUACACUAAAAAAAAACACCUAUUACAUAAUGUUCAAUUUCUGCCAGUAUAACCCCCUAAAUCCUACACACUGGACCUUUAACCUCUUGAAACACAGUGUGAAUAGUCUGAAAACUGAGGUGAGAAAAAGUCACUGAGAUAAGUCGAGGCUGUGAGGCACUGAUGCUUGAAAACUCUGUUUUUAUACUGACUCUCUGGAGAGUUACUGUAUAUCAAAGACUGACACUCAUGCCUGAAGUGAUGAUGCUGUUGUUUUAUACCAUGGCCUUUAGAUGGCGCCCUUGUAUCACUCUAUUGUUUCCUAACAAGUCAAAUGACUUUUUAACAGUUAUUUGUUAUUAGCAAAGAGGUGCCAGAGAUUUAUCAGCUGAUUUUUUUUUUUUAAAUCUUGAGAAGAAUAUUUAAAACUAUUUUUGUGUGAUUCUCCGUCAUGGAUUUUUUUUUUUGUUUGUUUGUUUGUUUGUCGACCAAAAUGUGACGCUCUGUGGACAGGGGUCAGAAUGACAGUAUCAUAACAGACUUUUGUGUGGUGGCGUGUUCAAACAUUUGUUUCAUGUCAGAACUUUGUGACCAUCAACAGAUCUAUAGCUGAGCUUGUUUUUUUUUUGUUUUUUUUCUUCAAACAGUGAUGUUUAUUGUGUUUACACAGAACUUUAACUUGCCUGCUUUACCCAAAAACCACUGGUGUGAGUUGAAUGAUCACAGAAUUAUGAGCAUUUUUACUUUAAUUUAUUUUAGAAGUUGACAUAUUAAAAUAUCUGUGGAAACAAACUCCUUUCUUUCAUUGCCCAAAUUAAUGUGUGGAGGCUGGGA